CCCGCCCCCUGUGCUGAGGUGUUGGGCCCGAGGUGCGGGCAGUGAGGCUCUGUAGGUUCCUCUCCGCGGGCGUAGGUUUGUGUUCAAAGCCUCCAGAACGCGUCCCGGCAGGAUUUGAGGAGAGGGGGCGGGGAGGGGCUUGCGGCCCCGCCCCCUUCUCCGGCUCGCGGGCGAGCGCGCUGGACCGCCUACUCCCUCUCCCGGCCCCGGGGCCGCGUCCCCUUGGCAACUCCGCUGCCGUGGCCUGAGCUUCUGCCGGCAGGUGUCGGCGGCGAGGCCCCCCCAGGGGCAGCCCGGUUCGUCCCCAUGGUGGGCUUCGGGGCCAACCGGCGGGCCGGCCGCCUGCCCUCCUUCGUGUUGGUGGUGCUGCUGGUGGUGAUCGCGAUCCUCGCCUUCAACUACUGGAGCAUCUCCUCCCGCCACGUCCUGCUUCAGGAGGAGGUGGCCGAGCUGCAGGGCCAGGUCCAGCGCACCGAGGUGGCCCGCGGGCGCCUGGAGAAGCGCAAUUCAGACCUCCUGCUUUUGGUGGACUCGCACAAGAAGCAGAUUGACCAGAAGGAGGCCGACUACGGCCGCCUCAGCAGCCGGCUGCAGGCCAGGGAGGGCCUGGGGAAGAGAUGCGAGGAUGACAAGGUUAAACUACAGAGCAACAUAUCAUAUCAGAUGGCAGACAUACAUCAUUUAAAGGAGCAACUUGCUGAGCUUCGUCAGGAGUUUCUUCGACAAGAAGACCAGCUUCAGGACUAUCGGAAGAAUAAUACUUACCUUGUGAAGAGGUUAGAAUAUGAGAGUUUUCAGUGUGGACAACAAAUCAAGGAAUUAAGAGCACAGCAUGAAGAGAAUAUUAAAAAGUUAGCAGACCAGUUUUUGCAGGAACAAAAGCAAGAGGCCCACAAGUUGGAAUUAAAAGAUGAAAAUGAAUUGGGUAUAAACAAUCAUGCAGUACCUAAAAAUGUUCCAAAAGUAGGUGAGAAGGCUGAAGAGAAGAAUGAAGAACCCUCAAGCCACCAUAUUGCACAUGGGAAAGAACAAAUCAAACCAGGUGGUGAUGCAGGAAUGCCUGGAAUAGAGGAGAACGACCUUGCCAAAGUUGAAGACCUUCCCAUUGUUUUAAAGAAACCCCCUAUUUCUAUUUCUCAAUAUGGUAGUCAUCAAGCAAUCUCCCAUCGUCCAACUGGACAACCUCUCUCCCCUAAUAUGGUUCCAGAUUCUCAUGUAAAUCAUAAUGGAAACCCUGGAACUUCAAAACCGAACCCUCCCAAUCUUCUUCAGCGUUUAAUUCCAGGCCCAAACUUGGAGAGUGAACCCAGAAUUCAAGGUGAUAUACUAAAGCAGGCUACCAAGGAUAGAGCCGGUGAUUUCCAUAAGUUAAAGCAAAGCCGAUUCUUUGAUGAGAAUGAAUCCCCUGUUGAUCCGCAGCAUGGCUCUAAACUGGCGGAUUAUAAUGGGGAUGAUGGUAACGUAGGUGAGUAUGAGGCAGACAAGCAGGCUGAGCUGGCUUACAAUGAGGAAGAAGAUGGUGAUGGUGGAGAGGAAGACGUCCAAGAUGAUGAAGAACGAGAACUUCAAAUGGAUCCUGCAGACUAUGGAAAACAUUUAAAUGAUGUCCUUUAAAACCUAAAGGAAACUUCAGAAAACCUAAAGUGCUGUAAAAUGGAAUCAUUUCUCCUUUGUCCUUUUUGACUUUUGUUGUAAAGAUCAGUUGUAUCAGUUGUAAAGAUACAUUGAGUUAAACUUAAGGAAAAAUUUUAAUGAAGGAAUGUACCCAUGUACAUAUGUGAACUUUUUCAUAUUGUAUUAUUAAUGCAGAGACCUUUUUGGUUAUAUUACAAUUGAGCCAAAAACAAAGUAAACAAACUGUAGUCUUUGCAUUUAAAGCAAGCUAAUAUAUAUUUUACAUUUUA